AUGGUUUCAAAACUACAGUUUGCAUUAGUUGCCUUUGGUUGCCUCUCUUAUUUCGUCCUAACACCUGCUGAGGGCAAAAACUUUGACCCGCACCAUGUCCGUCCUCAUACUCCUACCGAACAACCAGUACCAGACAGUCCCACUUUGCCACUACACUUACAUAAUCCUCAUGGACAUCAUAAUGGUCAUAACGGACAUAACGGACACAACGGACACAAUGGUAACAACGGUCAUCAUGGACAUAAUGGACAUAAUGGGCAGAAUGGACACCACGGGCAAAAUGGACAUCAUGGACAAAACGGUCACAAUGGACAUAAUGGUCACAAUGGACACAAUGGGCAUAAUGGACAUCAUGGCCAUCACUAG